AUGGGCCACCUGGUCACUCUUGCCACAUGCUCCCUCAACCAGUGGGCUCUCGAUUUCGAGGGCAACUGUGAGCGGAUUAUCGAAAGUAUUCGUCAAGCUAAGGCAGCUGGAGCCACGCUCCGAGUUGGCCCUGAGCUCGAGAUCACUGGAUAUGGCUGCCUGGAUGCUUUCCUCGAGGGUGAUACUUAUUUACACUCGUGGGAGAUGUUCGCCCGCAUCAUCGAUCAUCCCGACUGCCAGGAUAUUGUUGUUGACGUGGGCAUGCCGGUCCGUCACAGAGAUUGCAAGUGGAACUGCCGCGUGAUCUUCUACAACCGGAAGAUCAUCCUCAUCCGUCCCAAGAUGUGGCUUGCCAAUGAUGGAAACUACAGAGAAAUGAGACACUUUACCCCGUGGCAGCGUCCCCGGGAAGUCGAGGACUACUACCUGGAGCAGAUUGUCGGCAAGAUUACUGGACAAUACAAGGUCCCGUUUGGCGAUGCGCUCAUCAGCACCAGGGAUACCUGCUUGGGCCUGGAAACCUGUGAAGAGCUCUUCACUCCUAAUGGUCCUCACAUCCCGUAUGGUCUUGCUGGUGUCGAAAUCUUCUCCAACUCUUCUGGAAGUCAUCACGAAUUGAGGAAGCUCGACACCCGUAUCAACCUUAUUACCCAGGCCACAAAACUGAGUGGCGGUAUCUAUCUCUAUGCCAACCAGCAAGGAUGUGAUGGUGACCGACUAUACUACGAUGGUUGCGCAAUGAUUGUGGUCAACGGCAAUAUCGUGGCUCAGGGCUCCCAAUUCUCCCUGAAUGAUGUCGAGGUUGUUACAGCUACUGUCGAUAUCGAAGAGGUCCGGACAUACCGCACUAGUGCGAGUCGUGGCAUGCAGGCCAGCAUGCAGGCGCCCUAUGUCCGUCUCGAUCUGGACACGAGACUGUCCCGUAUGGAUGAUGAGGCUGAUCCUGGCCUUGCGCCUUCGGAAACUCUCACCCCACGCUAUCAUGUCCCAGAGGAAGAAAUUGCUCUGGGUCCGGCGUGUUGGCUCUGGGACUAUCUGCGACGAAGCGGUGCUGCUGGAUAUUUUGUUCCUCUGAGCGGAGGUAUUGACAGUUGCGCUACUGCUAUCAUCGUUCACUCAAUGUGCAGAGAAGUCAUCAAAGCUGUCCAACAAGGAAACGAGCAGGUUAUCAAGGAUGUUCGCAGACUCUGUGCUGAGCCGGAGGAUUCAACAUGGCUUCCUUCUACAAGCCAGGAGGUUUGCAACCGCAUCUUCCACACCAGCUACAUGGGCACUCAGAACUCCAGCAAGGAGACGAGAGACCGGGCCAAGAGGCUUGCCGCGGACAUCGGCGCCUACCACACCGACUUCAACUUCGACACCGUUGUCAGCGCUAUGAUGACCCUAUUCACUGUUGUGACGAACUUCCAGCCUAAAUUCAAGGUUCACGGCGGGAGCUGGGCGGAGAACCAAGCGCUGCAAAACAUCCAAGCCAGACUGAGAAUGGUUUUGUCGUAUCUGUUUGCGCAGUUGCUACCUCUGGUUCGUCAGCGACCUGGGGGUGGCGGACUUCUUGUUUUGGGCUCGUCCAAUCAUCGUGAUCAACCAACUAACAGAAACAGUCUCCGUGGCUACUUGACCAAAUACGACGCCAGCAGUGCAGAUCUCAACCCAAUCGGCUCCAUCAGUAAAGUCGAUCUCAAAAAGUUCAUCGCCUGGACCCGCGACUCCUUCGACCUCCCCAUCCUGCACGAGUUCCUCCACGCCACCCCCACCGCCGAACUCGAGCCCAUCACAGCCACCUACGUCCAAUCCGAUGAAGCCGACAUGGGCGUGACAUACGCCGAGCUCUCCGUCUUCGGAUACCUCCGUAAGGUCGCAAAACUAGGUCCCUGGUCCCUCUACGAACGGCUCCUCCACAUGUGGGGCAACGAGUACAGUCCUCGUGAAAUUUACGAAAAGACUCGUCUCCUCACUAGAUCCUAUGCGAUUAACAGACAUAAGAUGACCGUCCUCACCCCGAGUUAUCACGCUGAGCAGUAUUCCCCGGAAGAUAACAGGCACGAUCUGAGGCAGUUCCUCUACCCACCAUUCUCAUGGGCGUACAAAAAAAUGGAAGCUAGCGUUGAAUACUGGGAAUCGAAGGGCUGGACUUCAGGUAAGGCGCAGAAGAAGAGCGUGAAGGCUGAUUAGAGGGCAGUAUACUUCAAAGAAAGAGGUUGUAGUAAGUUAGAAGGGGCGGCUAGUUAUGAUAGAGUUAACGCGUAUCACGGUAUAUAGUCAGAUGUGUAUGUAUUUGUGGAAUGAUGAAUACGAUCGUAUGACUUGAGGUCGAGGACUGAUCACCCCAUCGAAAGCAGUAGCCAACCAAGUGAAUGAAAAUACCAAUGCAUGCUUUUGAAAUCAAAACAGAAUAACUUGUCAAUGAUAAAGGUAUCGGAUAUGUCAUAUUGACAAAAAAGAAGAUAUGAAAAUCGUAGAGAAUGAGAUAGACCUUUUGAAGCAACGCCAGUGGUUGUUAUGAAAUCAGCGCUAAUUUUGAGUAAUGAUGAAUAGGGAAUCAGAGGUAUAGAAAAAGGAUCAAUCAGAGGGAGGGACGUAUAAGAU